CUCACUCUUUCCCGUACGCUGGGACUUUGGUUUGCUUAACUUGUAUCCUGCAAUGUUAAUGAGAAGAUGAACAAUGGAAUAUUCAGACCUUUCUUCUCGUCACGUGGCUUCCAUAGUUCCCUGAUCUCAUCCCAUCAAUCUUUUCCGCAAAACCUUGAUUUUGUUCUUCACUCUACCUCAUUAUCCGAUGCUCUGCAACAUCACAUCAACUCCGAGAAUCCUUCCCGCGGCCAAAACAUCCAUUCCCACAUUCUGAAAACUGGGUUUGUUCCAAACACCAAUAUUUCCAUCAAACUACUUAUAUUGUACCUGAAAUGUAAUUGUUUAAGAUAUGCACGCCAGGUGUUCGAUGAUUUGCGGGACAGAACUUUAUCUGCUUAUAAUUAUAUGAUUGGUGGCUAUCUGAAACAAGGGCGAGUUGAAGAGUCACUUGAUUUGGUGCAUAGGCUCUUAGUGUCUGGGGAAAAGCUUGAUGGGUUUACUUUUUCAAUGAUUUUAAAGGCGUCUACUUCCAGGGGUAAUGUUGCGCUGCUUGGUGAUCUAGGAAGAAUGGUACAUACCCAGAUACUCAAAUCUGAUGUUGAGAAAGAUGACGUUCUUUGCACGGCACUGAUUGACUCUUAUGUUAAGAACGGGAGGGUUGCUUACGCGAGGACUGUGUUUGAUGUGAUGUCAGAGAAGAAUGUGAUAUGUUCUACAUCCCUCAUCUCUGGUUACAUGAAUCAAGGCUCUUUCAAAGAUGCUGGAUGUAUAUUUCAGAAAACAUUGGACAAGGAUGUAGUGGUAUUUAAUGCGAUGAUUGAAGGCUACAGCAAAACAUCUGAAUAUGCCAUGAGAUCUCUUGAAGUUUACAUUGACAUGCAAAGGUUGAACUUUAGGCCAAAUAUUUCUACAUUUGCUAGCGUAAUUGGUGCUUGUUCCAUGCUUGCAGUAUUCGAAAUUGGGCAACAAGUACAAAGCCAGCUUAUGAAGACUCCCUUUUUUGCAGACUUAAAAUUAGGAAGUGCCCUUCUAGACAUGUAUUCCAAAUGUGGAAGAGUUAUAGAUGCUCGAAGGGUUUUUGACCACAUGCUUGAGAAGAAUGUUUUUUCAUGGACAUCUAUGAUUGAUGGAUAUGGGAAGAAUGGGUUUCCUGAUGAAGCACUUGAGCUAUUUCGAAAGAUGCAGAUAGAAUAUUGCGUAGUACCCAAUUUGGUGACUUUCCUUAGUGCUCUCUCAGCUUGUUCACAUGCUGGACUUGUGGAUGAGGGUUGGGAGAUCUUUCAGAGCAUGGAGAAAGAAUACUUGCUAAGGCCAGGGAUGGAGCAUUAUGCUUGCAUGGUUGAUCUGUUAGGACGAGCAGGGAGGCUGAGUCAGGCUUGGGAAUUUGUCACUAGAAUGCCCGAGAGACCCAAUUCUGAUGUGUGGGCUGCUUUACUUAGUUCGUGCAGACUCCAUGGUAAUAUAGAGAUGGCAAAAUUAGCUGCAAAUGAGCUCUUUAAGCUGAAUGCUGAUGGACGACCAGGGGCAUAUGUUGCACUAUCUAACACUUUGGCAGCUGCUGGGAAAUGGGAUAGUGUAAGUGAGCUUAGAGAAAUAAUGAAGGAGAGAGGAAUAUCCAAAGACACUGCCUGCAGUUGGGUUGGAGCUGAUGGUGUUUAUUAGCUCUUAUAAUGGGUGUAAAGAUGCAAAACGGCAUUUUUUAGUUAAAUGAGAUGAUCCCUGUUGAUUGCUUUCGUACAAUCAUGUCUUGUUGCAAACUAUAUAUAGAAAUAUGAAACAAUAUGUUCCAUGACGUGAAGAGGCAAUUGUGGUGCUAGGAGGAAAUUGCAGAAAGUAUGUUCAAGGAGUUUAAUCCCCAAUUGACCUGAAAAAGACAAAACAAAAAACAAACAAAUAAAAAUGAAGCUGCUGACUAUUUUGAACAUGGUUGAAGUCAAGUCCUGCUGCUUAGAAGAGAUACGUGGUUUUGCUGUAGGUACUCAUUGAUUCUCAUCUGAAACUGAAUGAUUAGAAUGUGGGGAUACUAAAAAGUUCAGACUAGUUCAUCAUAUUCUAUGGCAGACAGGUGCGAAGAGGUUGUCUUCUGUCUUGAGCAGAGGCACGUGCCUAAAAGGAAAAAUUGAAAGCAAAAAGCCAAAUGUUGUGCAAUAGCCUAUAGCUAGAGGGAUACACACACUGAUUGAAGAGAUUUCUUUCAGUAUAAUAUGAUUUGAAAAAUCUUGGUGUCACGGAUGAAUUAUUCACUCAGCAUUCUUGAGAACAUUAGCAUGUUCUUUUCUUUUCUUUUCUUUUUUCGUUUUUCUUAUACCCUAUUGUGGAAGCUAAUUCUCUAUCUUGAUCCAGCAAUAAUGACACAUAAUAGGAACAAGAAAUGUAAUUGAAAAUUUCUUGAAACCUGUUUUUGUGUGUGUGUGUGUGUAAAGCGAAGUAUUAUUAAAUAAAUGAUAUUUUAUUGUAUUUACAACAAGUAAA